AUGGACGCGCAGCCGUCCGAGACGAUACGCACAUGCCAGAACUGCGUGCACGCCAAGAUCAGGUGCCUGCGCAGCCAGCCCUCGGGCGCCUGCGACCGCUGCCGUCGCCUGCGCAAGGACUGCGUCUUCCGCCCCGCCCGCCGCCGCUACGGGGGCGGCGGCAGAGGCGGCCUCCCUGCCGCUACUACUCCUCCUCCCCUCCCGGCCUCUGCUGCCGGUGCCGGUGCCGGUGCCGGGCUCCCUGGGUAUGGCGGCGCUGGUGCCAGCGGUGCGAAUCAAGUUGAUGCGCCGGGGGCUGCUCCUGCUGCUGCCAUGCAGGAUCCCACCCAACGCCAACUCGACGCCAUUCAGGAGAAACUCGAUCGCUUGCUCGUCCUGCAGGGCGCUUCUUCGUCGGCCUCUGCGAGCUGCUUGUACGCGGCGGCCGCGGCGGCCGCGGCGUCGUCACCCUCGGCGUCGUCUUCGUCCAAUCCCGGAACCGUCCCUUCCUCCUCUUCGACCGUCGCAGCCAUCCCUCAUCACCCGGCGGCGACGACCCAUCCUCCUCUGCACGCGGUCAAAACCACAUCCACCGCCGCCGCCACCGCCGUCCCCGACAUCAUCGACGACGGCGUCAUCUCUCUCGCCCAGGCAGAGCGCUGCAUGCACAUCUACCGCACAGCACUGACGCCGCACUUCCCCUUCGUCGUCCUGCCCGAUUACGAUGGCGAUGGUUUCGACGACGACGACGACGACGAGGGCGUGGCAGUGGGAGGGAAAAGAGCAAGACGAGCCCGCCCGCCAGCGGAACCGGCCGUCGUCGUGAGGCGGCUGAGGAAGGAGCGGCCCGUGUUGUUUCUGGCCGUGGUCGGCGCGGCGAGUUUCGAGGACGUGGCGUUGCAGAGGGAGUGCGCGAGGAGGUUGCGGGAAGUGGCGGCCGAGAGGGUUGCGGGGAGGGGGGGAAAGAAGGCGAUAGGGGUGGAUUUGCUGAUGGGCUUGUUGGUGGGCUUGGCUUGGAGCCAUUAUCAUCCGAGACCGAGGCGGUACUCGCAGCAUCUGCACAUUGCCAUCAGCAUCAUUGCCGAUCAGAGAUUCGACCGGCCUCCGCGCACGCAGUUUUGGAAAACCCAUGUCGGGUCUACCGAGCAUGACCCCGUAUCGGAGUCGAAAGCGCCUCCCCCGUCGAGGAGCAAUGAGAUAAAGAGGGCUGUAGCUGGCUGCUACUACCUCUCCUCGAGCAUCGCAUCCCUCUUGCAGAAGCUAAAUACCUUUCCAUGCACUGCCUACAUCGAAGAUUGCUGCAAAUCUCUGAGCUCGAACCCGGAGCAUCCCACUGAUAAGUAUCUGUACGCUAUAAUACGCCUACAGCGUUGCAUAGAAGAGGUGGACACGCCUCUCAACGUUCAAGCCACCACUCCGGCCGAAGCACAGGACUUGGCUGGGGCAGUCUCACAGAUGAACCCGAACUCCAUCAGAGCUCAGCUGCCCUUCGACUUGAGGGAAAACGAACUCGUUUAUAUGCUGUUCUACACGGCUGAAUUGAACGCGGUACACAUGCGCCACUUUUGCUCUGGUCUUCAUCCAGGCGCCCCUCUGGACGUCAACGACUUGGACAGCGGCUUCCAGGCAGCAAGUUCGUUGCUGGGCUAUUUCCUGUCUCUCCCGCCCCGCAGUGAUCUGGCGUAUAAUAACUCGGAGUGGCUACAGCUCAGCCUCGCGCUAACGGUAUCGGCGAAACUGGUCUUUGCCGCAUCGCACCCUUCCCUGGGCAUCUCCGGGGGCGUGCAGGCUCCGCUCGAUCUGUCGGCGCUGCUUUCUCAGAUCGCGCUGAGGCUCGGUGCCCUGGGGCGGUCGGGCGUGGGCGUGGACAUGACGGGCCAUCCGUACAUCUUCAACGAGUUCUCCCAGCGCGUGCAGCGGCUGCAGAAGUGGUUCGAGGAUCGGUACGCGCGGGUGCGAGGCGCCGCCCAAGCGGUGGACCAGCCGUCUGGCUCGGGCGGCGGGGCGGCAGAGCUGAUCAACUUCUCGCAGUACUGGGGAAGCGAUUUGAUGCUGCCUGACCUGCUGGCCUCCGACGGACUGGUCACGCUCGAUCAGCAGCUGGCGGCUUACUUCCCGGACAUGCAUAUGGGGGACGCCAUGGGCGACUGGCCCGUGUUUCCGGACGCGUUCUGA